CGGGGCGGGCGGCUAGCGGAGCCGGCCGGAGAGGGCCGGGCAGCGGCCGCCGCCGUCCCGGGGCGCGCGGGCGGGCGCGGGCGGCGGGAGGAUGGAGCUCAAUUCCCUGCUGAUCCUGCUGGAGGCGGCCGAGUACCUGGAGCGCAGGGACCGAGAGGCCGAGCACGGCUACGCCUCGGUGCUGCCCUUCGACGGCGACUUCGCCAGGAAGAAGACAAAGGCGGCCGGCCUGGUGCGCAAGGCCCCGAACAACAGGUCUUCACACAAUGAACUAGAAAAGCACAGACGAGCCAAGCUCAGGCUCUAUCUGGAGCAGCUCAAGCAGCUGGUGCCCCUGGGCCCUGACAGCACCCGCCACACCACGCUGAGCCUCCUGAAGCGCGCCAAGAUGCACAUCAAGAAACUGGAGGAGCAGGACCGCAGGGCGCUGAGCAUCAAGGAGCAGCUGCAGCGGGAACACCGCUUCCUAAAGCGGCGCCUGGAGCAGCUCUCUGUGCAGAGCCUGGAGCGCGUGCGCACAGACAGCACAGGCUCCGCCGUCUCCACGGAUGACUCGGAGCAAGAAGUGGACGUAGAGGGCAUGGAGUUUGGCCCUGCUGAGCUGGACAGUGUUGGCAGCAGCAGUGACGUGGACGACCACUACAGCCUGCAGAGUGGCGGCUGCAGCGACGGGGGCUACGGGCCCCCCUGCCGGCGGCCCGGCCGCCCCGGCCUCUCGUAGGCCCAGCGCCCUCAGCUCCUUGGCCCGCCUGCCUACCUGGCCAAGCGCGCCAGCCCUCCAGUCCUCGAAAGCCUCUCCGCGGGCCCGCUGCUGUGCCAUUCUGGAAGCUCCAGCUGCCGCCGGGGCCGCCCGCCUCUGCCCGCCUGCCGGUCAGGGCCCACCGUGCCGCCCACCCCUCCCAGCUGGGCAGGGACCCCUGCAGGGAGGCGGGGCCCAGCUCCCACAUCCCGGAGCCCAGCGUAGCCGCCCACGGUCUGUUCUCAGAUUCCUAAUCAUUCCAGAAGUAUUAAAUAUCAUUGCUGCAAAUCCCGGCGGGCACCGUGUGAGGGGCUUAAUGACCACUGCGGGGAGCUCAGACCCCAACCCUGGAUCCCAGGAGAAAGGAAGGAGUGGACCGAGGAAGGAAGGAAGGCGUGGCUCUCCGUCCAUCUGUCUGUCGGUCCACGUAGGCUCCUGAGGCCUGGACAGAGGGACCCAUGAAGGGCGGGACUCGGGUGAGCACCCUGGGGCAAGUGGGUGGAGAGGGGCCUUUGCACCCCACACGUGUCAGGAGCGAGGGCUGGGCUCCUGGGGGCAGGCCAGGCCCCGCUCCCAAGCUUCUGCUCUGUUAGGUCCCUCAGAUGUACACACGCACACGCCUAGGCACACACGCCCACAUGCACACACACACACACACAUAGGCAGACACACAUGGUCACUGGACCCAGAGGGCACAUGUCCUGGGGAGGUAGGCCUUCAAGGGGCAUCUGGGCAAGUUCCGUUCCCAGCCUGUGCCUAGCUCCCUCUCCCCCCCCCCCCCCGGCUCACCUGCCUGAUUUGCACUGGGCAGAGGGCUUCUCCUCCCGGCGGGGGCUGAGGUGUGCUGGGGGCGGCAGGCUGAAGCCACUGAGGCCUCAGGAGGCUUUCUCAUCUACCUUUAAAGGAAAAUAAAGCAAAAAAAAAAAAAAAAUUGCUGCACUGCCCAGUAGCCCGGAACAGGGCUCCCAGAAGAGAGGCUUUUUCCCCCAAAAAAAGAGAAACAUUUUUAAAAGAGAUAAAAGCUCUAAGGACUCCCCGCCAAGUGACAUCAGCGUGUGCCGCCUCAGUUUCCUGUACGAGAUUUUUGUACUCUAUUUUCCUAGCCGUUGCUGUGUCCUUGUUGCCGAGGGUGGGAGUGACCCAGCGUCUCAGGGACUUGUCUUGUAUGUCACCGUCGUCCGAGUGUGCCUUGUGUCCCGUGUGUGGCCCCGCCCCGCCCACCACCACCAGCAUCUCCCUUGUGGCUCAAGGGGCGCCCCGGCCUGCCCAGCAGGUGCCCUCCUAGCUUCCCCCCCAGGCGGCAGCCCCUCCCAGCAGCCUUGGUCUCCUGCCAGGCCAGGUCAGGGGGGUCGUGCGCAGCUUUCUGUCACCCAGCACCCCAGCAUCGCUGUCCCCGGGGCCUAGCGAGGAGCCUGCUAACCACAGAGGUGGGUUCUCAGCUGUACCCAGCUUGAACCACCCCUGCUGCCCCAGCCUGGGGUGAGGGCUCCAGAUGUCAGACACGGGCCGCUGAUGAGGACCGCCCUUCACCCUGGGUAGCUAGGCCGGGGCCUUAGAGGCUUCUCCUGGCCUUUUCUUCCCGCAGCCCUUGCCCACACAGCAGUAUGUGGGUGGUGUGCUGCGGGGCCGGCCGCCCGUGUCUGGUCCCCUCUCUGGUGUGUUGUAACCGAUUGCCAGACUCGGGGGGGAAGCUGGUGUUUAUUUUCGGUCAUGCUGAUAGACACGCCGGGGUGGGUGGCCUACUGAACCAGAAAGGGGUCCCUGGAAUCGGCUCUGGCACAGAACCUGCCCUGCAGGGGGUCAGGAUGACGGGUGGAGAGCGGGCUCACGACUGUCCAGACGUCUCUCUGGUGCUUGAGAGGAAAACUGUUCUGUCCCAGCUCCUUCCAGCGUCCCCGGGGGGCUAGAGCGCCCAGGCUCCCGGCUGCCGGAGCACGUCCCCAGAGGGCUCCUAGUGAGCCCCCGGCCCGCUCUGCGCGGGGCAGGAGUGCCCGGGCCGAAGACCCUGCUGCAGGAGGCACAGCUCCAGACCCCUGGGGCGGUCCGUGUUCUGAACUCAUGAAGCACCAGCUCCCCCAAUACCCCAGCCAGCAGAACCCUACCCAGGCGACCAACUGUGGCCCUCGGCUGGCCUUCCCACCUGGGCCAGGAAGUUGACCUCACUGGCCACCUAGGGGUGCUGGGCUCCCAGAGGCCCCUCCCUGCCACCAGCAGACACUUGAGGGGGUGGCCCUCAGGUCCAGGGUCUGGUGCUAGGAGUUACACAUCCGUUCUGCCCUCCCUCUGGCUCCCUGCCUUUUGCACAGGUUAGCUGUUGCUGGUGGCUGCAGAGACCCAGAGGGGGCCCUGCUGAGGCCACACUGGAUAACUGAGCACCUUUAAGUCUGUAGAAAGCAGAUGGGACCAGAACAGGGUUGCAAGGGUGCCUGCGAUCUCUAUCCGUGUGCCCUCCCACACCUUUGUGGGCCACUGUGGCACUGGGUGGCCAGGAUCCUGGAGUCCCAGGCUCAGGUUUGGGUCCCCACCCUCACUGGGAGGUGGCCCCUAUAUACCAGGCCACCACUGCCCCAGUGCAGGCCCAGCUGGCUGGGAAGACUGCAGGAAGGCUUCUCCUCCUUGGAGCUCUGGGCCCAUCUUUGCGUUUUGGGUCUAGGAGGCCCGAUGCCCGAGCCUGCUCUCCUGGCUGAUGGAGCUGUGUGCCCAACUAAGGUCCUGAGGACCCCUGCCCUCCUGUCUGCCCCAGACAAUCCCCAUCUGCUGAGUGGGGCAGGCUUUGCCCACUCUCCCACCCCCUGUCUCUCUGGACCAGCUAACCUGGAGCCCCCUCUCCCUGGCCGGGCACACAGAACUCUGACCCUGGGCCUCAUCUAGAGUAGGUUCUGUGCCAGAGUCUGGGGCUGCCCAUGGGGCCUGGCGCUGGCCAGGAUGGCGCGUUCCAAGAUCCUCACUGGAGAGAAUUGGGCCACCCACCUGCCUGUUCACCGGGAGGGACUGUGCUGUACCAUUCUGUCUUUGUAAUAUAAAUACAGAUUUUUAUACCUCA